CAGAAAGCCUUGCGCGGGGGCGGAGGCGGCAGGGAUGCGAUGGCUGAAUCUCUGCCCUGGAGGUGUGGAAACUGAGGCUCAGAGAGUUCAAGUACCUUGCCUGAGGUCACACAGCUAGGAAUCUGUGGAGCUGGGAUUUGAAUGAGUCUAAGUUAGCCUGGCCUAAAGCCUGUGCUUUACACCUAUAUCUGAGAGCAAGGGACAGAAGAGCAUGAAGAGUACACAGUAUUAUCAGGAUCAUCAGGUGAGAUGCACUGUUGGCAUUGAAGCUCAGGGGCUGGAAAGUUGGGAGGAGGGGCUGCUUUGGACUGAGGUUGAGAUGAAGGUGAUGGUAAAACAUUUGGAUGAAGAAUCCUGUGGCGAGUUGGCAAUACUAAACUAGCACAUUAAUGAUAAAACAAUAUGUCCAUAUUGAAUUGCUGGUUAUUCCUAUAGAGGUAACUGUUAAAGCCAUGCAAAUGAAUUUAUUAUCCUAGAAAGUAACAGACUGAAAGGCCCAGGUCUGAACCCUGGGAGCCACAGAAGAAUCCAGAAACAGGGCAGUUGGAGUGGUGAGUGGAGCCCUAGAAAACACAGCAUCACAGAAGUCAAGGAGGGAAGAUUCCAGAAGAAAAGAAUAGUUAAUAUCAGAUAAUUCCUGGUCUCACAGGCAACUCCCUUCCCCAGUCCCUAAUAGGGCCUCCACUCCCACGCACCCCCAGCCUCACAGAGCGUAGGUGGAGUGAGAGUCUAAGCCUACCAGGCUGUUAAGAGUUUCUUGCUGAGAAUCUUAACAGUCAGCUGAGUAGCCUAGUUGGCAGUGAAGAAGAUGGGAAAAGAGUGCGGUCCCAGUGUAACUUCCUGAAGAUCAGAGAAGGAACACCUGACUUGCUGUGUUCUAGAUCCUAUGCAAGACGCUUUACCAUGUUAUUUAAUUGUCACAACAACCCAUUUAAAUCUCACUACAAUUGUCUUUUUAUAGAUAAGGAAAAUAAGGCUCGGAGAGGUCACUUGAGAGAAUAAGGAUCUAAACUAGGUUUAUCUGGUCCCAAUGCCCAGGUUCUUUUUACCAACUUGAGCAGGAAGUUUGAUUUUUAUCAGUCAGAGCAAACCUGCAUCCAGGUGGUGCUCAGGAGAGGUUUGUUCCCAGUAAAGAUACCUGGCGGCUGGAGAGGGGAAGUGAAGACUCCAUGAAGCUUAGGAUCCAAGAUGAACUAGAAGCCAGUGCUCUAGUCCCCUCUGACCUACUGUGCUAUCAGCUGGAGAAGGUUCCAAAGGCCCCCACCAGCACUAACAGCCCCCAAUGCCCAUUCUUUUUCCCUCAGAUGCUCACAUAUAUUCUGAGCUUCCUGCCUCUGUCAGAUCAGAAAGAGGCCUCCCUCGUGAGUCGGGCUUGGUGCUGUGCAGCCCAGAAUGCCCUUCGGGAGCAACCAGACCUUACCUUCCUGGACCUCAGCGGCUGCUCAGAACUGGCUGACGGGGCACUCUUGGCUGUGAGCCGGGGCCUGCGGCGCCUGUGGCACCUGAGCCUGAGGAAGCUGCAGCGGCUGACGGAUGCGAGAUACUCAGCCCUAAGGGGCCUGCGGGAGCUGCAGAGCCUCGACAUGGCCGAGUGCUGCCUGGUGAGAGGGCGGGAAUCGGCCCAGGCCCUGGGCUUGGUGUGCGGAGCUCCACACCCACUGGUCUCCCUCAGCCUGGCCUACUGCUCCUCACUCAAGGACGCCUCAGUGCUCUCCCUGAUGCCAGCGCUGGGCCCAAGCCUCAGGGUGCUAGACUUAUCCUCCUGCGUGGCCCCUCACCAACCGGACCGUGCAGGCCAUCUGCACCUACCUCACCCACCUGUCAGUCCCGCACCUGGCCUGGUGCAAGGAGCUCCGCUGGGCAUCGGGCCUCCAGCCGCAAAAGGACCCUUCUCCCUGGCCAUAGGGCCCGCCCUACUCACGCUGCAGGCCCUACGGGACUUGGACCUCACAGCCUGCAGCAAGCUGACUGAUGCCAGUUUGACCAAGGUGCUCCAGGUCCCCCAGCUGAGGCGGCUGUCACUGAGCCUGUUGCCAGCACUCACAGACAAGGGCUUGCUGGCUGCGGCCAGAGGCUGCCCCAGCGUGGAGCGCUUGGUGCUGAGUCACUGCAGCCGCCUCAGCGACGAGGGCUGGGUCCAGGCAGCCGGCUCCCGGCCAAGGCUGCAGCACCUCAACCUGUCCAGGUGCAGUCAGCGCUCGGAGCAGUGAUGGCCUCCCUGCGGAACGCUGGGUUCCACUGGGCAGGCGUGCAAGCAGCUCCGGAUGGCAGAUGUGGCCAUGUGUCCUGGCAUUAGCAUGGCUUCCGUCAGGCGCUUCCAAGCCCAACUGCCUGAGGUGACCUGCGUCCAGUCCCGCUUCGUGGGAGAGGCUGACCUGACCCUAACACUCUGA